AAAGCAGUAUAGAUAGUAGUCAAUCGGAACUGAAUCGAACAAGAAGAAGCAAGAUGACUCAUUUGGUUGCAGUCGCUGCGGCCCUGGUGGUGGCCGUGUGCGCCGCCGCCUCCGUCGCCGCCGCGCAGCAGCCAACUCCGCAGCCGCUGCCAUCCAACUACCACAUCAUCACCCCGGGCAAGUUCAAGAGGGACCAGCAGCUGGCUUGCGGCGACGACUCCAACGGCAACAAGCCCAGCUGCAACGCCAAGUGCGACAAGCGAUGCCCCAACCAGUGCAUCGUCCUCUGCCCAGGAUGCAAGACCUUCUGCAUGUGCGACUUCUACCCCGGCGUGUCCUGCGGCGACCCUCGCUUCACCGGCGGCGACGGCAACAACUUCUACUUCCACGGCAAGAGGGACCAGGACUUCUGCAUCCUCUCCGACGCCAACCUGCACAUCAACGCCCACUUCAUCGGCAAUCGCAACCCAAGCAUGAGGCGCGACUUCACCUGGAUCCAGGCCCUCGGCAUCCGCUUCGCCCACCACCGCCUCUACCUGGGCGCCGCCAAGACGGCCAGGUGGAGCAGCGACGUGGACCGCCUGGAGCUGGCCCUGGACGACGAGCCCGUCAGUAUCCCCGCCGAGGCCGGCGCGCGCUGGGAGUCGGCCGCCGUGCCGGGGCUGUCGGUGACGCGGACCACCGCGGCCAACGGCGUGCGGGUGCAGCUCGCCGGGGUGCUGGACAUCAUGGCCAGCGUGGUACCCAUCACGGAGGAGGACUCCCGGGUCCACAACUACGGCGUCACCGACGACGACAGCCUGGCGCACCUCGACCUGGGCUUCAAGUUCUACGACCUCACCGACGACGUCCACGGCGUCCUCGGCCAGACGUACCGCUCCGACUACGUCAACCAGCUGAGCGUGAGCGCCAACAUGCCAGUCAUGGGUGGGGCGCCCAACUACGUCGUCUCAGACAUCUUCGCCACCGACUGCGCCGUCGCCAGGUUCGGCGGCGCCGCCGGCAGCAUCGCCAUGGUCACCGCCAAGGCCUACUAAUCAUCGAUCAUCGAUAUCAUUUGGCCAAGAUUUCGAAUAUUUUCUUCUUCUUUUUUCAAACUGGCCUGAUGCAUGAAUAAAUUUGUCAGCCAAAACAAUACUGCUAUAAUGGAUGUUCACUGUUCAUUCAAUGAUA